AACACAGGCUUGGCAAUGGCAGCGGCGUUCGGAGCCGUGUGCGGCCCGCGUCGGGUACAGACGGACAGCACGCGCCCCACGCGGCCGGCGCACGUCUAUCGAACACGGUUAAUUACGGACAGAAUCGAACAUAAUUUUGGCGAUGCUAAUCCGAUCAGUGCCUAACUCAAGUUAUUAAACUCGCAGAUGUGUGUAUUAAUGUCUAGUGCCUGUACAGUACCCGCUGCGAGCGUGUGGCGAGAGGAUGUUGUCGAUAGAACAAUUGUCGCAAAUGGUCCAUGCUCAUCUCGGACUCAACGGUAAUGCGAAUGAAGCACAAUAUACAGCAAAAUGGAUUAUCAAAGAAUCUCCACUGGGCGGCCGCGGUCUUUUCGCAACGGAGGAUAUAGCAUCCGGCGAGGUAUUAUUCGUCGAUCAUCCCCUGAUCUCCGGUCCGCGAUCCGGCGCUUUAAUACGUCGCGGAUGUAUUGUUUGCUGCAAAUUAAACACGAACAAAUUUUUCAAGUGUCAUAAAUGUUCGCUUUUGCUAUGCUCGGAGUCGUGUCAAGAUAGCAGUAUUCAUGACGAUGACUGUGGAAUAAUAUCCAGUUGGCACAAUAAAGUGUCUUUCGAGGAAGUUGAUGCCACGCUGCUGUCACGAGCGCUAACGGCCAUAAGAGCUCUAUUACUGAAUGAAGAACAAAAGCAAUUUAUGACUUCCCUCCAAGCACAUGUGCUACCGCAACAUGGCACGGAAGUACGAGAGUUGCAACAGUACUUUGAGAUACCGGAGCGUGAUAUACAACUCAUGAUUUUAGCGUCUUGCGUGCUAGAUGCGAAUGCAUUUCAAAUCGCUACUUCCUACGGAAAAGAGGAAAUGGGUAAGAGGGGUCUGUACCCAGUAUCAUCUUUGUUGAAUCACAACUGUGUACCGAAUACGAGAUACAAUUACAAUAGUGACCUCCAGAUGAUCGUGAAAGCUGUAAAACCGAUACAGGCUGGCUGUGAAAUAUUUACGUGUUACACGGGGCUACUGUGGGGAACACCGGCACGUCGGAUCCACCUGUAUAAGACUAAACAUUUUUUGUGCAAAUGCGAUCGCUGUGCUGAUCCAACGGAACGCGGAACGUUUUUAGCAGCUCUCAAAUGUUUCUCCGGGGAGUGUCCGGGUUCUCUUCUACCAAUAGAGCCCUUGAAAUCUUCUUCAUCGUGGCGAUGCUUCGAAUGUGGGUUACGGGUUCCGUGCGAUAAUAUUUGCACAUUACAAAGCGCAUUAGGAAGCCUCAUUGGUUCUUUAGAUUUCGGAAAUUUGGUUGAGUUGGAAAACUUUUAUUUAUGUCGUGUUACAAAAUACAUUCCGAAAACCAAUCAAAUUGUGGUCGACUUACAGUGUAGGCUCAUCUGGGAAUUAGGAGAAAGAGAAAAUCAUCGAUGGCAUGAGCUGUCGGAGUAUCGGCUGGCGCUGAAGGAGCAGCUGUGCCGAGACACGCUGCGCAUGGCGGCGGCGUUGGGCGCGGGAGACGCGCACCUGCGCGGCCUGUUGCUCUAUCACCUGCACGCCGCCCUAGCCGAGCGCGCCCGGCGCUGCCCCGACCAGUAUGACGUAAGUAUCUCCUACACCUAGAUUAACCAAAAAAUCAUCUUACAGCGCCUAUGUGAGCUCUCGGCAUUCUUUGACGGCUAAAAAAAACCGAAGAC